AUGGGCUGGGGGAAUGUGUUCUUCACGGCAAUCGUCACUUUCUCGGCGGCGCUCAUCACCUACAACAUCAUCAUCUCGGCCAACGCCUCCCUCCAACAGGGCUUUCCCGGCCAUUCCUCCUCCUCCUCCUCCGUCAAAUCGGGCUCGUCCUCCUCGGCGGACCCCGUCAUCCGGCUGCCCAGAUCCUCCGGCGGGAAGAGGAGGCGCUUCCACACCGCUGUCACGGCCUCCGACUCGAUCUACAACACGUGGCAAUGCCGGGUGAUGUACUACUGGUUCAAGAAGCAGAAAGCCAUGAAUCCAGAUUCCGAGAUGGGGGGAUUUACUAGGGUUUUGCACUCCGGGCAGCCGGACCGGUUCAUGGACGAGAUCCCCACCUUCGUUGCCCAGCCCCUGCCCGAUGGGAUGGAUCAGGGGUACAUAGUCCUGAACAGACCUUGGGCCUUUGUGCAGUGGCUUCAGCAAGCAGAGAUUGAGGAAGACUACAUAUUCAUGUCUGAGCCAGACCACAUUCUGGUCAAGCCCAUACCGAACUUAUCGAGAGAUGACAUGGGAGCUGCAUUCCAUUUCUUCUACAUCGAGCCCAAGAAAUACGAGAAUGUGCUGCGGAAAUUCUUCCCCGAGGAAAAUGGACCAAUAACUAAAAUUGAUCCCAUUGGGAAUUCCCCUGUAAUUGUACGAAAGGAUGCUCUGAAAAAGAUAGCUCCCACUUGGAUGAACGUGUCCUUGGCUAUGAAGAAGGAUACCGAGACAGAUAAAGCUUUCGGAUGGGUUCUUGAGAUGUAUGGAUAUGCAGUUGCAUCGGCCUUACAUGGUGUGAGUAACAUUUUGUACAAGGAUUUCAUGAUUCAGCCUCCUUGGGACACCACAACCAGCAAGACCUACAUAAUUCAUUAUACUUAUGGAUGUGACUAUGAUUUGCAGGGUAAGAUGACUUAUGGAAAGAUUGGAGAGUGGAGAUUUGACAAAAGAUCAUAUGAUAAUAUCUGGCCUCCAAAAAAUCUUUCUUUACCGCCUCCUGGUGUUCCGGAAAGUGUGGUUACAUUGGUGAAGAUGGUGAAUGAGGCCACUGCCAAUAUUCCAAACUGGGGUUCCUAA